GGAGGCGGCAGCGGCUCGGGGCGUCGGGCCAGUCCUGGCGCGGGUGUCCGGGCGCCCGCCCCUCCCGCGCCCCUCUCCAGUGCCCGCCGAGGCCGCUUGGGGCUGGGGGUGGGAGGAAGGGAGCCAGGGCGGGGGAGGAGGUUAUUGAUGAAGCUGCUUCACGCAUGGAUGAGGCCAUGAAUUUCAAUCGGACCGAGAGCGACUGGCAGGGGCUGGUGAGCGAGUACCUAGUGUGCAAAAGGAAGCUAGAAAGUAAAAAGGAGGCUUUACUGAUCCUUUCCAAGGAGCUGGAUACCUGUCAACAGGAGAGAGACCAGUACAAACUCAUGGCCAAUCAGCUUCGGGAGCGGCACCAGUCUCUGAAAAAGAAAUACCGAGAGCUGAUUGAUGGAGACCCAUCAAUUCCACCUGAAAGGAGGAAACAGGCUAAUCUUGCACAACUAUUGAGUGAUUCUCGGGACCGAAAUAAACAUCUGGGAGAAGAAAUUAAAGAACUUCAGCAGAGACUUGGAGAAAUACAGGGGGACAAUAAGCUUCUAAGGAUGACGAUAGCAAAACAGAGACUAGGUGAUGAAGAAAUUGGAGCCCGCCAUUUUGCAGCCCAUGAACGAGAAGACCUGGUUCAGCAGCUGGAGAGAUCUCGGGAACAAAUUGAAUCCCUGGAACAUGACCUACAGGCCUCUGUGGAUGAGCUACAGGACAUCAAAGAGGAGCGCUCUUCCUACCAGGAUAAAGUGGACAGGCUGAACCAAGAACUCAAUCAUAUCCUGGGCGGUCAUGAAAACCGUAUCAUUGAUGUGGACGCCCUCUGCAUGGAGAACCGAUACCUCCAAGAGAGAUUAAAGCAGCUUCAUGAAGAGGUCAGCCUACUUAAAACUAAUAUUGCCAAAUAUAAGAAUGCCCUUGAGAGACGGAAAAACUCCAAAGGCCAGAGCAGGUCCAGCAGCAGCAGCAGCAGCAGCAGCAGUGCCCUGACUGGAGUCCUGUCUGCCAAGCAAGUUCAAGAUUUAUUAUCUGAAGAUCAUGGAUGCAGUCUUCCAGCAACGCCACAGUCCAUUUCGGAUCUGAAAUCUCUAGCUACCGCCCUAUUAGAGACCAUCCACGAGAAAAACAUGGUCAUUCAGCACCAAAGGCAAACCAACAAAAUCCUAGGUAACCGAGUGGCAGAGCUGGAGAAAAAAUUGAGAACUUUGGAAGUCUCGGGUUUGUGGAGUCUCCCAGGCCUGAGCUACAAUGUUUCAGUGGGAUUCAGGAGAGGAAAGGACACCAUAACUUUCAAUGAUUCCACUCUUCCAGUCAUACAGAGGUCAAGAUCCCCGUUGUUGAAAUUCAUAGAUCAGCGAGACUCAGAAAACAAAACAUAUACUAAGGAUGGGGAGCAGAAGCAAAGAGAUGAAAGUUCUUCUGUCACUGUGGCAUUGACAGCUCCUGAGGAGGCUGCAGCCCAGCUCUCUGACAAUUCCCCAGCCAAGCCCAAGUACAGCAACCAGCACAGGCACUUUCAUCCCUCAUUACCCCAGUUACCUUCUGAGGAAGAAGAAAUAAACAGGCUUAGAAGUGAAAUAAUUAAGCUGACAGAGGAACAGGCAGCUGAAGAACUGGAAGGGACCAGAAAAGGGAGUUCCCAAGAGGUCCCAAGGAAAGGGACAGGCCUGUCCCAGAUCAGAGGGACGUCCAAGCUAGAGUCUCCUUUGUCUAGUCCUGAUCCCUUUGGUUCCAGUGAGUCCUUGGGUUUGAGGAAGGAACAAGCCACCGAAGGCUGUGACCUGGAAGAGGAGAAAGGUGUCCCAGAGGGGAGCUGCUCAGGCAUCGUGAAGACAUGAAGGAUAAAGGGAUUGGAAAUUGUAACACAUGGAAGGCACUAGGGAUGACAAGAAUUAAGCCACAGAACAACACAUUAGAAUUAACUCUCUCCUCAAAUACUCCCAAGUCUGGAACUCGGAAAAUCUUCUGAUCCUGUUGCAAACUGUAGGUAUUUUGAUGACAGUACAGCUUGAUUUAUUAAAUGCAGGUCCUCAAUCUUCUUACCGUCAUCUCUUACUACUGAAGAUGUACUGCUGUGAACACGGGCAGGCACUGAAAAUAGUGUGCACCAUAUGGCUGGUUUUUCCCAUCCGUCUUUGUGUCGGCAUUUGUUUUAUUAGAGAUAAGAUGUUUUUCUAUUAACGUUUAAUGUUGUCGAUCAAAAUUAUGGGAAGAGCUUGAAACUGAUGGGCUUUUUAAUCAGGUCCCUGGUAUUUGUAAUGAUUAAGGCUGUUGGGAAGAGAGACAUAAUUGAGCAUAAUGGGUCCAAAGGGCCCACCGUGACACUUUGUCAUGUCAAGGCCUUGUUGGGUCUCCUCCACAAGGAUGCUCUUGGCAUGGCGCCUGUAGCAAUGUGUCACAGCUGGGAAUGGUGGGUGGAGAGGGGCUUCGGCAGGCUUAGACGGCUUGUUUUCCUAUUCUGAAUUCAUACCUCUCUUUUGGGUGCUUAUGUUGUUGGGUAAAUGAUAAGUAUGCCAACUUAGGCAACGGUUAGUGCAUUUUUAGUCCCAAGAGGGAAGCAUGAAUGUCACAAUGCAGGGAGGUAAAGUCAAAGGUAGAGCCAGGGAAAAAAAUGAUUCUCACCUUUCAAACUUCUCCAUCUGAGGUAUAUUCUCACCCUUUUUGGCUCAUCUGCGUGGUUGAGAAAAGACAAGAGCAAAGCUGUGUGAUCCUGGGACAAAUCACUUGACUUUUCCUUAUCUGUAAAAUGGCAGGGCAGACAAGUACCGUGUCCUCUAAAGCCACUUCUAGCUCUAAAUCUGUGGUCCUAGGAUUCUACUUAGGACCCAGUUAGCUGCUUACACGGCUGUAAAACUUGAACCCUGGGAAGAGAAGAGGCACCUCCAGGGUAAAGUUUAUUCCCUCUAGGUAACCCUGGGUGAGAAAAGAUAGCAUCUGCUUAUGCUGUAGUGUAUAGGAAGCAGGCCACAUAUUCAAACAAUGGAAUUCCUCACGUCCCAGAGUCAGUUCAUUCCCCCCCACCGGAGCUGAAAGUUCAUCUGAAAGCCAGAGUCAGUCCCCUGAGAAACCUCUUCAGAGGCUUGGAUGAAUAAGAGAGGCUCCCUCAAUGCUUAUGUUUUUAUCUUCCUCCUGACCAUCCUAAAAAGAGAAUGUGCAGAUGAAGUUUAUGAUGUCGGCCAUGAAAUCCAUAGAUGUGUGGAUGUGGCGGCCAGCUUGUCUUCCUGUCUCUGCUUUUGCAGAGUAAUGAAGAGGACUGACUUCAGGUCCCAGGUCCACUUCCUAGGUAUGCAACAUAAGCAAGUCAUGGUAAUACUUACACAGCCUAAUGCACAGAAUUAUUGGGAGAUAUGUGGCAUACCAACCUUAAAGCACUAUAGAAAUGGUCAUUUAUUAUUUAUUCCUCCCUUCCCCACAUUUAUGGCCAGUGACACUAGAGUUAGGGUUAAGCCUCAGGCUUUUUUACUUACCCAUGAGAGGUUGGGUUGGUUGGUUUUUUUGGGAGGAAUGCUAAUUGGUCAGUAAGAAGACAUCAGCCCAGUCAGAGCGUGAGAGUGGAAAGAGAUGCAAUAAGAGUGUGCUCAGUGACUACCUGCCUUCAAUCCUGCUAGCCCCAGGGGUUACUAACCCCUGCAGAGCCAGUGAUUAGGUAAUACUGCUGCUAGAGAGGAGAGCUAUCCCAUACACACACACACACACACAGGCCCUCUGCCUCACCCCACUGGGCCCCCAUCCACACAACUUCCUGGGGAGGGAAUUUGCCUCUGCAGCUGCAAAGCCUGCAUGGGCCAGCAGCCACAGAGGUAAUUUUCCUGCUGGACCCGGCCUUAACUGCCUGCAAAUGUUCAGCUCUCCCAAGUAGCACUUUAAAGGCACUGAAGGAAAGCAGAGCCAAAUUUAAUAAAAUAAUAAUAAAAAGUCUCUCCUAGCCCAAGCUCCAGUUUUGACACACAGUCUGCCAGGUGCACAUCUUUACAGUCCAUUUAUAAACUCCUGGAAAACAGAGUUUAUAAUCUACUCCAACAUAUUGCGCUACAGUCAGCUGAGAGGAAUCCCAAGUAUGAGAAGCCUCCAAUGGUGAACAGGCUGUGAAUGGGAAGGAUGCUGUGUGUUACAUUGACCUUGACGGCACUGGGGCCAUGCUGCCAUUGGGUGUGUUGCCAUGACAAUAUUAUGUAUCUGUCUUCCUUACCUAUCCCCAAUUUGGUUUUCUUGUUCCUAGACAGUAAAAAGAAAGGUUCAAACUUGCCUACACUUGGGCUUUUUUUUCCUCUUUUAAACCUUGUUCUAAAACCAUGCCACACUGCUCUAUUGGAUUCACCCUAUGUAUUACUUUUGGCAGAAAAGCCAAAAUAUUGAGAGUUUUCCUGGCUAUUGACGUUUUGUGUUUUAAGAAAAAUGUCACUGCUUGGUCUUACCACCCAGUUGCAUUCUGAUGUGCCCACUUUUGUGAGACACAAUGCCCCGGCCAUGUGUGGAUUUCUUCCUGUCUUUCCAGUUCUGUCCAGGCAGAAUGCAGAACAGGGCACGCAUGAAGGGAUGCAACUGAAACUGAUUCUUCUCAUAAUAAAAGCUUCUCCUCUGCUGUAAUUGCCGGGCACCUGGCAGCCUUUAGGCACUGAUUUCUACAUGCAAGUAUAUAUGAGAGUUUGUGGUUCUUUAAUUAAGGCCUGAGAAAAUAGAUCCUUUCCUUUAAAAGGGGGGGGAGCUUUUCUCACCCCCUGAGACCCAUUCCCAUGCCAUCCUUCCUUCCCCACCAAAUUCUUCCCUGCCUCUAGCAAGUAUUCCCUGAGGCUUUCUCUAGCCAGGAGGCACCCAGUGGCAUUCAGCUCAGUCCCAGGCAAGUAGUAUUAGAUGCCUUUUCCCAGAGUUAGCCUCAGGCAAGAUUGUGAAGGAAUGACAUUUGUUUUUCUACUCUGCCCUGCACUUCAGGUGUCCAAUGAACACCCCACUUUCCAAAGUCCUUGGGGAAAAAAAAUCUGAUAGCAAUCAUUUACACUUUAGUAUGAAUAUAACACACAGUGUUCCCUAAAAGUGGAGGGGAAAGCUUUUGUCCCUUAUUCAAAGAAUUUCAAGUAUCCUUAAGGAAGCAGGGAUGAUGGCUGUGUGUGUAUGCAUUUUGGGGAGAUAGUCUUUUUCUUCCCCAUACCAAUCCAAAGCCAAUCCAAAUCUCACUUUACCAGCUGUGUCUAGGUAGAGUCAUUAUGUCAAAUACUUCUAAUUUUACAAAAAAGAAAUCAAAACAAGUGUGUGUUUAAGUCCCAGUGACAAAUGCAAAUCUGAACUGAAUGGGGCUCUCCAACAAGCUUUAUUCUUCUCCUUGCUGGGAUUUUGACUUGCUGUCUCUUUCUCUGAUGUCUCUUAUAUUUUGUGAACCUUAAAGUGCCCUAUGAAUGCUAGCCAUCAUUAUCAUCAUCGUUGUCAUCAUCAUCACCUCUGGGACUAAAAAUCUUGAAGACUUAAUGCUGAAUUGGUAAGUCAGGAAAAGGGAAAGGAAUGACUGGAUAAGUUUGGCAUUUUAUUGCUCUACUUUGUAUUACUGUUGGGAGGGUGGGACCCAGACCUCCCCUCCAGAGAUUCUGGGCCCUGCCUAGUCAGCUUUUCAUACCCUCUUUUCCACUCUUGAAUAUGAGACAGUUCCAGUUAGAAAACUCAACAUCCAGCUUAAGGCAGAGACAACAUUUUGAUGAUCCCCAAAUUCACAACAGUUUUAGGUACAUGCAAAUUUCCAUGUGCUUUUCAUUCCUAUUACCAAGUUAUAAAGCAAAGAAUCACUGGACAAAGACAAUUCCAAAGACCAGAGAGAGGUUUGGGAGACCAGUGGUGAAUCUAAUUAGAAAUGAGAGAGAAGUAAAAAAAAUGAGAAGGUCCCUUCUCUCAAUGUUACAGCUGAUCCAAAAAAAAAAAAACAGACAAAAGAAAAAAUCUUAGUACAGCAUGAAGGCAAUUUAAAAUGAUAGAUUUAGAUGGGCUGCCUUAAUUUUCUUAUCACUUCUUUCCUAAAUGAGGGUUUUUUGAUGCACAGGGCAGUUUGCAGAAUACUGAAAAGUUUGACUUUCUGUAGUCUAUAUGAAUGCAGGGAUAUAUUUUAGUAUCUUAGCAGAGACCAAUGAUAACCUAUUAAAUUUAAAAUGAUUGGCUUUUUUUUAAACUGGCUACUGUUUUGUUUUAUUUAAAGAAAGAAGUUCUAUUUAUUUGCAGACUUUGCUUUAUUGGAUUCUCUAAUCACCAUGCAUCAUAACUAUAUUUUUUGUUACCUGGAAUAAAAAUGGGGUAAUUUUCCUGGUAUAGA